AUGUUGCCCAAAGACUUUCAGUGGGGCUUUGCUACGGCUGCCUAUCAAAUCGAAGGCGCCAUCGACAAAGACGGCCGCGCUCCCAGCAUCUGGGACACCUUUUGCGCCAUCCCCGGCAAGAUUGCCGAUGGCACAUCCGGCGUCACGGCCUGUGACUCGUACAACCGCACGGCCGAGGAUAUUGCGCUUCUGAAAUCGCUUGGAGCCAAGUCUUACCGCUUCUCCAUCUCUUGGUCUCGAAUCGUCCCCAAGGGCGGCCGCAACGAUCUCGUCAACAAGGCAGGAAUCAACCACUAUGCGCAAUUUGUCGACGACUUGCUCGAGGCGGGCAUUACCCCUUUUAUCACGCUUUUCCACUGGGAUCUGCCCGAGGAGCUGCACCAGCGAUAUGGCGGCUUGUUGAACCGUGACGAGUUCCCGCUGGACUUUGAAAACUAUGCUCGCAUCAUGUUCCAGUCACUGCCCAAAGUCAAGAACUGGAUUACCUUCAACGAACCUCUUUGCUCCGCCAUCCCAGGUUAUGGCUCCGGAACUUUUGCUCCAGGACGUCAGAGCACUUCAGAGCCCUGGACUGUUGGUCACAACAUCCUCGUUGCUCAUGGCCGCGCUGUAAAGGCCUAUCGAGAGGAGUUCAAGACGACCGACGACAGCCAGAUCGGCAUUGUCCUCAACGGCGACUUUACUUAUCCCUGGGACUCUUCAGACCCCGCUGACAGGGAGGCAGCUGAACGUAGAUUGGAAUUCUUCACGGCGUGGUUUGCCGACCCAAUCUACCUGGGAGAAUAUCCUGCAUCUAUGCGUAGACAGCUCGGAGAUCGACUGCCAACGUUCACAGCCGAGGAGAAGGCCUUUGUUCUGGGCUCCAACGACUUCUACGGCAUGAACCACUACACAUCCAACUACAUCCGCCACCGCACUUCGCCCGCCACUGCUGACGACACCGUGGGCAACGUCGACUGCCUGUUCUACAACAAGCAAGGCCAGUGCAUCGGCCCAGAGACGCAAUCUCCAUGGCUGCGCCCUUGCCCGACCGGCUUCCGCGAUUUCCUCGUCUGGAUCAGCAAGCGAUACAACUACCCCCGGAUUUACGUGACGGAGAACGGCACUAGCAUCAAGGGCGAGAACGACCUGCCCAAGGAGAAGAUUCUCGAGGAUGAGUUCCGAGUCAAGUACUACAACGACUACAUCCGCGCCAUGGUUACGGCCGUGACGCUGGACGGCGUGAAUGUAAAGGGCUAUUUCGCCUGGUCGCUGAUGGACAAUUUUGAGUGGGCGGAUGGUUAUGUGACGAGAUUUGGGGUGACGUAUGUGGAUUACGAGAAUGGACAGCAGAGGUUCCCUAAGAAGAGCGCAAAGAGCUUGAAGCCUUUGUUUGAUGAGCUGAUUGACAAAGAGUAAAAAGAAAAGAAAAAAAGACAUUACGUGCUACAUACUCUUUCUCCUUUUUUGUUUUGUUGAUAUUUCGUCAAGGAAAGAAGUAGUACAUAACGAAGUGAGGUAGCGAGCGAAUGAUAAGAUUGAACGCAUACACACUGAUCGGAAAUGAGAUGUAGGAAAAGAAUGCCGGAUAAAGUGCGUAAGGAAGGUUUGCGGCAGCGCUUACAAGAGUGCACAUAGCUAGGUAGGCAAAAGAAUGAAUACAUGUCUUUGAGAUAACUAAGGUAGGAGGAAACUAUGAAGUGUAUAUACAGAAUCAGAAAAAUUAACCAAGGAUUCCAGAUGAAGCACGUGGGCAAUGCUCCUGGCAGUUUCAACAUCCACAUUACGAAGAUUUCAACCAAGGUCGACUUUUGGCUACAGCAUGAUUAACUAUUGGUCGUGACAAUUAUAUUGAUCAAAAAGCG